AUGAUCUUCUCGUCGUGGACAUACGAUCAAACUGGAAUUGACUACUUUCCAGCUUCAGAUGAAAUAUCGAUAGCAAACUAUUUGGAGAAUGAAGGAUGGGAACUGUUAACGACCAAAGUGAGUCGUCAUGAGGUGAAAUACAGCUGUUGUCCGAAUGCGUACACGCUACUGCAUUUGACACUUUAUCUGAGAAGGAAACCAUUGUUCUAUUUGGUGAAUCUGAUUAUUCCUACCUCAAUCAUCACUCUUAUCGCCAUCGUUGGAUUCUUCACAACGUCCUCUGCAAGUGGAAUGCGUGAAGAGAAAGUAUCGCUAGGAAUUACGACGUUGUUGUCGAUGUCCAUCCUAAUGUUAAUGGUGUCCGACCAAAUGCCUACAACGUCAACGUUCAUCCCUUUGAUUGGGUGGUUCAUCCUUGCAAUGAUUAUUGUUAUCUCGCUUGGAACUGUUGUCUCGUCCAUUAUUAUUGCUGUCCAAAAGAGGGGCAGUCUUGGCGAGAGACUUUCCAAACGAACUCUGAAGAUCGCCAAAACAAUUGCGUAUUUCACAUUCACGGCUCUGCCGUCCCAUAUCGAAAAGGAGCAAAUGAUGGAAGCAUUCGAUGCUGCGACUCCAACAGUGGAAACUGCGAAACCAGCCAUGGAUGCUUCCAAGAAAUGGAUGAGUCUUCGACGGGCUAAAAACGGUGUCGCAGUCGUUUCUGAUAAAAGCACUGACGCAUUGAUUAACAUGGCCAACUCUGGGACAGAGGAUGUACUACCGUUGGCGGGUAUGACACUGGUGACACCGCUGUCACCACCAGCCGCCAUCAUCGACGACGAUCUCUCUCUACACAGCGAUUUCUCUGCUUUACCAACAUCGGGACGAUUGCUUAAGAAGUCAAGCACUAGAUGUAAUGUGUUCAAGGAAAUGACCUCUUCCAUUCGACAUAAUCGACAACUGGCUGUGGCCGAGUUCGAAUGGUUGGCUACUGUCGCAGAAAGAAGUUGCUUUGUGAUCUUCGUGCUGAGCUUCCUCGUCAUUACCAUAGGAAUCAAUUUAAUCGGCUACGUACACUGGAACAAAGCGGACCAGCUAUGGAGAAAACAGUGA